GAGGAAGAAGAAUGCAAUGGCAUGUAUGGAGAGAACACCGACAUCGUAACGGAACCGAGCCAAUCGCAAACACACGUCUCGUCAGCUCAAUCGGCAACAACCAAUGCAACGAAGAAGAGUGAUGGUAGAGAAUGCAGCUGCUGCCAUUGCCAGGCAAUGCGUGACAAACAAAAUUGCCUGACCAUUGCGACAACGGAUCAGGCGCAGGACCAGUACAAUUGCAGAGAAUUGAAAUUCUUUAUCGAUUCUAUAAUAAUGGACCUGGAUGCGAUGGAUAAGGCGCGGCGUAAAAAACAAAUCGAACAGAACACCACGCCAACCAGCGCCAAGGUCUGUUCACGUCAAAGCUUCCCCGUUACCAUCACAGAGGUUAGCGAACUGGGAGCCUCAUCACUAUAUGUAAAGUGGGUUAUCCACGACUGCUGCGGCAUUGGUGGCUACGAGAUCUACGUGGAUGGCUAUUUGACGAAUCGUUAUUUCAACUGCAAUCAUGAGGCGGCUGUAGUGUGCGAUGUGGAUGUGACAAGGUCACAUAAAGUCGUAUUGGUUGCGCAAACCAAACAAACCGACUGCAGUUGCGGCGACAGCAUGGAAAACAAGGGCAAGGAGCUAAUGCGUAAAAGCGAUGCUGACAAAAUGGAUAGAUCGACUGCUGCGCCACCUUGGUCGCUGUGGACUCCCAGCAUUUAUUUGUAUGAUCCAUGCGACAGAAAGGAUGGACCAUCCAUCCAUUGUGGAACAGUAUGACUCCGUAGUGACACCCCAAACCGCCUGCUGCUCCCCCAUUGAUUUUGGCUGUCCGUGUGUGGGCGCACUUUUUUAAUAUAAACUUACUUACAUUUGUACAGACUUUGCUGAAUGUGGAAAUGUGUGGAACUAUUACAAUGGCGUUUGGCAAGGAUGCAACAUUAUAUUACCAGAAAAUGAGUUAACUCACGCUUGACUAAAAUACUCAAAAAAAAACCAAAAAGAAAAACACAUAAAAUCUUGGGGAAGAACUUAAAAAUUAAAAUGCUAGUCAGUGAAAAUUAAAAGUUAAAUCUAAAAUAUCAUAAAUCCACCAUUGGGCCCAAAUUAAUUUUUUGUUAUGAAAAUUACCGAUGAGAAAAGAGGAUGUAUGUAAAAAAAAAAAAAACAAAAAAUUUAACAGAAACCUCAAUGAGCAAGGCAAUGGACCAAAGGAGUUCGAAUAUGAGUACUUGUUCGUUUUAAAAAUUACCAACAACAAAAAUAUUACAAAAUAUCUAAAAUGCAACAAAAAAAAAACUAGUGCAGUUGAACUGUAUGUAAAAAUUAGAGUUUUCACGUUGCUCAAAUUUGUUAUUGGAUACAUACCGUAACCUGGAAGGGUUUCUAUUGAAGAACCGCUUGAAAUCACCACUGUCAGUAACUGUUAAUAUACUUGGGACGCUUGUUUUCAAUAACAAAUUUGAAGCAACCGAAUGAAGUUGAAAUAGUUUUACGAACUAGCCGAUAGUCUUUUGAUUAUCCGAUUUGUAAAAAAAAAGCAGCAUUGCUUGCAUUGUUGAUACAUAUUGCAUUUGGCAGGCAUAUUCUCUGCUUAUAUGGGUAUACAUAUAUGUGUACAUACAUACAUAUGUGUGUACAAAUAUGGCAAAUUAAAAUGAUGCAACAGCAGAUGAGCGUCCGAAAAUGUGUAGUGUAUGUGUACGUUUUAAUAAAUAAAAUUUUAAUGUUAAUUGAAAGUAAAAAAAGUGCCUUAAAAAUUAAUUUAAACACAUUUGUAGAAAGGAAAUUAAUUAAGCAACAUAAUAUGCAAUAUGACGCCAGGAGCAACGAGCAAUUAAUUUAGUUCAUACAUAUAUUUCAUUUACUUUUAAUUUAUAGGUACAUAUUUUUUAUUUAAGGUAAAUUGCAUUCACAAAUCAACCCACAAAUCGAAUAUCACAAAUCUUAAUUAUACUUAUUGAGUUUUAAUGCGAAUAACUGUAGAUUUUUUUUUUAUUUAUAAAUCUGUGUAUAUUUAAGUUUGCGUUGUAUUUGUUUACGUUAUUUUAUUUUGUAUAAUUCAUUUUGUAAUUACUCGCUACUGUCCACCGUUUUGUUUUACAGCGCUUGUGACCAUUUUUUACCCUUUAUCAAAUGCGCUCCUUCCUCGCUCGCUCGCUCUCUCUUCUGUUGUAAAUAAAAUACUCUUUCAAACGCCUGUUCAUGUGGGCUCGAAAAACUUCAUAUGUAUAUCUAAAGAUGCUUUUAUCAAAAACUCGUUGUGCUACAAAAAAAUUGUUCACGAAAAUUUGUUUUGCCUUUACAUUUACAUUUAUUUUAUAUGCUAAUGCAUUUGGUAUUUCUCAACAUGCCUAAAUGAUAUAUACAUAUGUAUUGUAAAUGCAUCUUAUUGCCUUGGUAUACAUACGUAGAUGUAAAUGGAUUUACAUAUAUAAAUACCUAUAAACUUGAAAAAUACAAA